AUGCAAUAAAAGGAAAAAAAAUUUGAACCCAUCAAAAUGCCAAUUAAGGCAAAGGGAUUAGCAGAUGCUUAAGUUUAGAAAUAGAUUACAACUGAAAAGCAUCCCUAAAAGAAAAUUUAAAAAGUACUUAAUUAUUCUAGAUUAGCAAUAAUAAAAUCCUUAAUCAGAAGAAAGAAUAGAAUUUUAAGGAAAAAUUAACAAAGAAUCUAUUGCUGCUGAAAUAUUAUGUAAUUAUUCUUAGUUAAGUUUUAAGAAAAUGGUUAUGUGUAAUCAUAUGCUGAUUUUUUUUAUGUGACUAAUGAAACUGUCCCAAAAUUAUUUUAUUAGCCUUCAGGAAUUUCAUUAGAGGAGCAUUUUUCAAAUCAUAGAAGUAUUUUUUGCAUAGUAUUUAUUAGUUCAUCAGAAAUAUAUUAAUUAAGAUGAAGAAUUCUUGUUGGAUUUAAAAAAGAGAUUAUAGAACGCUGAAGAGAAUUCUAAAUACUAAUACCCAGACAAAACUUAGGCAUUAAAUGAAUAUUUAAAUUUGGCUGAAUUCUUUUUUACUGAAUACCAAGAUUACAUUGUGGCAGCCUAUUUUUAUAAAAGAGUAAUUUAAAUAUCUAGAUAAUACACAGUAAAAAUCGUUUGUAUAAUAGGAAGCUAAAGCUGAAGGAAAAGGUAAAUUAGGAUAUGCCAAAUGUCAUUACCAAGUUGGUUUGAUAGAUUAGGCAAUAUAAAUUUUAGAGGAAAGCAUGAAACAAUGUGAAUAAUUAUAGAACUUGGAUUCAGUUGUUGAAUAAAUGUCAACAGAAUUGAUUAAAAUCUACAACAGAAUGGCUUAGGAAUAUGAAAAGGGAGAUAAUGAUUAAAUUGCAUAAUCAUUAAAAUAUUAUGAUAAAUGCAGAGAAGCAGCCUAAAAAGCAGGAGAUUUAGAAUCAGAAGGAGUUAUAUGCAACAAAAUUGGUGGAUUAUAUUUUAAAAUGUAGAAUAUCUAAAAGAGUAUUUAAUACCAUCAUAAGUUUUUGGAAAUUGUAAAAUAGUUACACAAAGAAGUAUAUUUAGUAAUCAUUUUAUAAGGAUUCAAAAUAAAAGGAAAUGGAAGCACAUUCAUCUCUAGCUUAAUGUUAUUUAAAGAAGGGAGAUGUAGAUGAAGCUUAAAAGCAUUUAGAAAGUUACUAUGCUUUAGCUAAGGAUUAAAAGUUAUAUAACUCAUAAUCAGAUGCUGCAUUGCAUUUGGCUAAAUUAUAUUAAAGCAAAGGAAAUACAGCUAAAUCAUUAGAAUAUUUUUAAUAACAUUUUGAUUGUGCUAAAUCAGAAAAACCUGAAUAAAAAAGCAGAAAAUUGAUUGAUAGAGCUAGAGUUACAUAUGGUAUAGCGAAGGCAAAUGCAUUUAUGGGUAUCAGAUUAAUAAUAAUAAUUAGAUAAUUAUAUUAAGCUAGUAGCAAAUAGUGAUAAAAAUUUAAAAGCCUUACUAGAUUGGAAAUCAAAAAGGGAUAAAUGAG